CGCUGCAAGGAGCAGCAAGAAGACUUCUGCUUACCUGUCAGUUGUAGCCACGGCCAAAUUCAUGCAUUAUAGUCUUGGAUAGCUGUAUUUGAGCAUGGACAGCGAGGGGAGAAAAGUGGUGGUCUGUGACAAUGGGACAGGGUUUGUCAAGUGUGGCUUCGCUGGAUCCAACUUCCCCGACCACAUCUUCCCCGCCAUGGUGGGUCGACCACUCAUACGCUCGACCACCAAAGUGGGCAACAUUGAGAUAAAGGACCUGAUGGUGGGCGAUGAGGCCAGCGCAUGCCGCUCCAUGCUGGAGGUGUCCUACCCCAUGGAGAACGGCAUGGUGCGCAGCUGGGAGGACAUGCUCCACCUGUGGGAUUACACCUUCGGCCCCGACCGCCUGGACAUCAACCCGUCAGAAUGCAAGAUCCUGCUGACCGAGCCGCCCAUGAACCCCACCAAGAACCGGGAGAAGAUCGCGGAGGUCAUGUUCGAGAAGUACCAGUUUCACGGCAUCUAUGUGGCAAUUCAGGCGGUGCUCACUCUGUAUGCUCAGGGUUUGCUGACCGGCGUGGUCCUCGACUCGGGGGACGGCGUCACCCACAUCUGUCCCGUGUACGAGGGCUUUUCUUUACCCCAUCUCACGCGCAGGCUGGACAUCGCGGGACGUGACAUCACGCGGUACCUCAUCAAGCUCCUGCUUCUCCGCGGUUACGCCUUCAACCACACGGCCGACUUUGAGACCGUGCGUCUGUUGAAGGAGGAGCUCUGCUACGUGGGGUACAACAUCGAGCAGGAGCAGCGCCUGGCCCAAGAGACCACCUACCUGGUGGAGACCUUCACGCUCCCGGACGGCCGGCAGGUGAAGGUGGGUGGAGAGAGGUUCGGGGCCCCCGAGGCUCUCUUCCAGCCCCAUCUCAUCAACGUGGAGGGAGCAGGAGUGGCGGAGCUGCUGUUUAACACCAUCCAGGCUGCAGACAUCGACCUCAGGUCAGACUUCUAUAAGCACAUUGUUCUGUCGGGAGGGUCCACCAUGUACCCGGGACUUCCCUCCAGACUGGAGAGAGAGAUCAAGCAGCUCUACCUGGAGAGGGUGCUGGACGGAGACACGCAGAAACUAUCAAAGUUUCGGAUCCGCAUCGAGGACCCGCCCCGGCGUAAGCACAUGGUGUUCCUGGGCGGCGCGGUGCUGGCCAACAUCAUGAAAGACAAGGACUCCUUCUGGCUGAGCAGGGCGGAGUACGAGGAGAAAGGCCUGGGGGUGCUGCAAAAGCUGGGAGGUGGAGUCAGAUAAAAAAAAUACAACUUGUAAAGAACAAACAACAUCACGCAGAUAUUUCAGCUUUUAUAUCAACUUCUCACCUCUUGUAGCCGUGCUGGAGGAACAAACGCUAUGUACUGGUGUCAUGGCGCCGUCAAAUGGCGCUCCUUCAUUCCUGCUAGCGCGGGAACAAUUUUUUAAUUAAUCAAUUAGUCGACUGACACGUUUUUUUUGUUUGUUUAUAUCAUUUAAAAAUUGACAUGUUUUGACUGUUUUUUGACCCCCAUAUUGUGCUUUGUAUGGAAACCAUAAGAAAGUGAUGUUAAUGUGUGCUGGGAAACGCCACUGACUGAAAUGUGAAAUGUUUUAAAUGUUUUAAAUGGUAAAUAAUCACAAACCUGUCAAACUAGACUGGAGCAACAAAGCAAUCUUAAAAAGAGUAUUAAGAAAUUCUCUGUCUGGAUAUUUUCUUUGCAUUUGGGCCAAAUUAGUCCUAAUAUUUUAUUAGUAUGAGGAUGUUUAACAACUUUUAAAUGAACUUGAUCAAACAUGCCAUUAAAGU